GGUGCAGUUUUCAAUGCCCAAUUCUUAGUGGCGGAAGAGAGAGGCGACUUGUCGUUAAGCUGGCAGAAGGGCUUGGAAGAAACCACGGAACGUUUGGGUGCUGCCGGUUUUAUUCGCCUUCCAGGAUGGGGACCACCUGAUCCUCACUGCGCCUGGUGUAAGACGCUGCAAGAUAUGGCUUCUAACCGAUGUCAGUGGCUUUCAACUAAAUCAUGGCUGCAUGGCAGCGAGCCAUCGGUGUUGAACACUGAUGCCAUGCUGUCGAAUUGCACACGAAUCCCGCUUUACCGCUCGCAGUCAGGUGUUGCUACGGCAGAGAAGCCUGUCCCACGCAAGACUGGCCAAACAUUCGGGACGCUUGCCGGUCCGUCACCAAGCCGAGAUCUGAUUGGUCGAAAGUCUGGACCCAAUCGUGAGCCAGUAAUGCCUGAAUGCCGGUUGCCAAUGGCGCAUCCAGAACGCGACAGAAUUUCUAGAAAACUGUUACCGCUUAAGCAUCCUACCAAGCAGAAUGGUAUUCAUCUCAGUACCGCUCAAGGACUCGUUAGAUUUAGCUCACGCGGGCUGCUUUUUUACUCUAAAAAGCCAACUUCCUUGAGAUUUAUGGAGCUGUACAAGUGCGCCCACGACCGAUUUCACCCUUCUUGUGGCCCAUCAAAUAGGCGCAGACCUAGGGUUUCCGUAGAUCUUGUGUUCUACUUGAAAACAAAUUGCACGAAAUUAGCGAAAUACACCCAUUCGCAAACACAUUUGGUUUUGCGAAAGACUCACCUGGAACCAAGC